AUGGCCGACAUUAACGAGAUCGCCAAGCAGCGCGACCACUCCAUGCUCACCUGGGAGCAGCAGCAGAUCCAGGGAGCCGGUCCGAUCGUGCAGAAGCUCGCUGUAAGUCGAAUCGAGCGGGUGGUUUUGCGUAGCCGCUCGAGCUCGCGGCUCCCUCUAGGCAAUGGGUGCGGGAACAUCGUGGACAGCGCAGAACGCAACGCGGGUGGCAACGCAUCGAGUCGGCGGAGCGAUGGUGCGAAGGCAGCGCUGCCUGCUCACACUCUCGCCGCCCAGCCAUCCGGCUCCCUGCCCACUGGCCAGACCUCCACCGGAGCUAUGGCCGCGGGUCUGGCCUCGGCCUCGUGCGCGUGCGCUCGCUGUGCAGAGUUACUCGGUAACGCAAAGUGA